GGGCUUAAUCGGUUAGACUUCGCAAUGCGCGACAGUUUCAUUCUGUUGACUGACUGAUUAGGAAAUAGUAUCGCAGAUACGAGAUUGUGGUCUUGACUAUGCACAGAUGUUGUAUGGAUCAAGGUAUAACUAGUGAAUUGUAUACAAGUCACACAUUUUAAUUAUAGUGUGCUAUAAAUAAAAAUCAAACCAAUUUUCUACCUGUGUGUUCAGUGAAAGUGAAGUGAACAUUACUGUAUAUAAUAUUUCUAGUUUAAUUGCUGCCAAAGACUAAGAUAACAAGUUUUGGGUCGAUUUGAAUUGUUUCGAAUUGACUUUGACGUCAAUAGAGUCGUCCAAUCGCUUCGUGCCAAAGAUUAUGUAGUAAAUGAGUGUUUAUAAUUUUAUUAACAACUGUUUCUAAUGUUAUAAUAUGUUGAAUGGGGACCACGUGAGCAAGAAUUGGAAUUAUGCUAUUAAAAUGUACUGCCGAUGGGAGACGGAUCAAAGUGAACGGGCCUCCAAUGAGCCAGGCGAAUGUGGCGAGAGGCAUGAAAAUGACUAUGUCCACUACAGCCACAAUGAGCGCCCGCGUUCACCGGAAAGUGAUGCGCGCGCCUCAUAAGCGAGCGCAUCCGGGGAAAAUGCUCCACGCCGGGAAACUGGUGCACCCGGGGAAGGGAAUCCACCCGGGCAAGUUCGCACAUGUGGGGAAGUUCGGGAAACUCGGUCACUACACGCACACGCACUCGUUGCGUCCUCCGGAGCCCUGCGACAAUAGUAACGACAGCGGUCUGGGGCCCGACCCCGUCAACAGAUUGUCGGAGGUGGCCGAGGAGUGGGAAGAGCCGGAAACAAAGAGGCGGUGCGAGAGAGAGACGGGUGUUAAGAUAGAGUGCGAUGACGCUAACGAUGCGUACGCGUUCGCUCUACCCGCCGCGCCCUCGCACGCGCCCAGCGCCCCUGACACUGCGCCCGCUACACUACCGAUUCCCGCAAUCAAAGCCGGUUCCAGCAUUUCUAGUCCAAGCAUAGCAGAGACGACUGGCAAAAGAUUUCAAAAUCCAACGUAUUGGUCGUACGGGAAACUGGAGAGUAGCGGCAAGCUAGCCAAUAAGUAUGCCAGUGGUGGCAAAUUAGGGGGAAAAUUGGGUGGUAAAUUAUCAGGGAAGCAUGGUGGAAAAUUAGCCCAGGCAUUGGCGCGACGAAGAGCGCUGGCAGCUAUGACACACUCAGGGCCGCCGGGCUUAUCGGCGCCGCUCUCAUGCAAAUCUAGAGAUGGGACGGUUGAGCUGCAAAUACUAUGUCAACCGGAGACACAGCAUAGAGCGAGAUAUCAGACCGAAGGAAGUCGAGGAGCAGUUAAAGACAAUUCUGGGAAUGGCUUCCCUGUUGUGAAACUUGUCGGUUAUGACAAGCCAGCCGUGCUUCAGGUAUUCAUAGGUACUGAUACAGGACGCGUGGCCCCUCAUAUGUUUUACCAGGCGUGCCGCGUCUCUGGCAAGAACUCUACGCCGUGCAAAGAAAGGAAAGAAGAUGGGACUGUUGUCAUUGAAAUUGACUUGGAACCAGCAAAAAACUGGCAGGUCACUUGCGACUGCGUAGGAAUUCUGAAGGAACGUAACGUGGAUGUAGAGCACAGGUUCGGCGAGGCCCUGGGCGGUGGGGCGGGCGGGGUGCACGCGGCGCGCGGGAAGAAGAAGUCCACAAGAUGCCGCAUGGUCUUCCGCACCGAGAUACUGGACUCCAACGGACAAACAGAGACCCUGCAAGUCUGCUCCACACAGAUCAUAUGCACCCAGCCUCCCGGAGUACCGGAAGUGUGCAGGAAGUCGCUGGUGUCGUGUCCGGUGACGGGCGGCUUGGAGUUGUACCUGCUGGGGAAGAACUUCCUGAAGGAGACCAGAGUGGUGUUCCGCGUCAAACAAGACGGAGUCACCUGGGAGGAGGAGGUCGUUCCGGACAAGGAGUUCUUGCAACAGACCCACCUGGUGUGCUGCGUGCCGCCUUACUCGCGCCCCGACAUCCAGGGCGUGUGCGUCCAGUUGUUCGUGCGCUCGGGCGGCAAAUCCUCCGAGCCGCACGCCUUCUACUACACGCCGGCCGGGGCGCGCGCGAUGCACUGCACCCAGCACCCCGCGCACACCCCCCUCACCCCCCACACCCCUCACACAGGUGAGGCUGCUCUCAUGCCGCCGCCUCUCGCCCCCCUCGCGCCUCUCCCGCCCGCUCGCCGGACCUCUCUGCUGCACGACCCUCACUCUCCGCUGGGACUCAAGAGCGAGGUGGACGAGUCCAGCCAACACUCGCUGCUGGAGGGCGAGCGCUCGGAGCCCGACGCGCCGCUCGCCGAUGACAUCAUGGACCUGCGGCUCAAGUCGGAGACCAUCACCUGCGACUCGCAGACACAGGUGGGUUUCGUGAGCGGUUACGACUCUAUCAAGCUGUCUCCGAACACUACGUCGCGGGACGAGUCCCCGUCCGUGAUCGCGUCUUUCACACAGCAGCUGCAGGCCAUACAGAACCAGGUGCAGACGGACAAGAUGGUCGAGUCCGUGACCGCCGCCAUCUUCAACUCUGACAACGCCGGCCAGAUGUACGAGCAGCCGCUGCUUCCCAUCAACACCAUGGACACCAUGCAGCGGAUCAUGUCUGCCAAGACCGCCAUGGACCCGCUCGACCGAGACAUGAAAGUACUGAACUCAGACCUGAUGAUGACCGGCGACCCCAUGCAGACCAGCGUGCUGCAGACCACCGGCGAACAGCGACUCAUGGUGUACGAUCAAGUGCCGCCAGCCCGCGAGGACGGCUUUAACCCUUUCGGAGCCAUCGGCAAGAUGGAGGCGACUCAGAUAAAACAACGGCUGGCGCAGCAAACCGCGCACAUGGACGCGCUCGUGGAGGACGCCAUGCGCUCCGCCGGCGCCACCAUCAUGCCCGGCGACGCCGCGAAGCUCGACGAGCUGGUGAACUCGCGAGGAGACCACCUGGGCGGCACGGGGACCUCGCCUUCCGGCGCUUCGCACGCUUCCGACGUGCUGCUUAGUCCCGGGGCGGCGGUCGUGCCCCGCACCUCCGACCUCCUGCUGCCGCUGGCCGCCACCACCAUGUCCCCGGACGUGAUCCUCGAUCCUCAAGUGUCCCCCUCGAUGCUCUGCGACUCCUCGCAGCGUAUCGUGCUCCCGCCGCGGUCGCAGGACGAGCUGAUGAUGAUGCCGGACAUCCCGUCGUCCGUGAAGACGCCGCCGGCCGCCGUCAAGUCUAUGAUCCUGAACGCGGCCGCCGAGAUUCUGACUUCGGACCGCGCCAUGAACGCGCUCGUCACUUCCGCCAUCAACACAGCCAACAUGGCGGCAGCGGACGCGGCGCCGGCGGACGAGCCCGCGGCCGCCAUGUCGCAGGCCGUGUCGCAGGCCGUCACUCAGGCGGUGUCGCAGGCCGUGUCGCAGGCGGUGUCGCAGGCCGUGUCGCAGGAGAUGACUGCGCCCGUGCAGGGCCUCACGGACAUGAGCGACCAGGACCUGCUGUCCUACAUCAACCCCAGCACCUUCGACCAGGUGUGAGGCGUCGCCGUGCCCGCUACAUUCACGCGAACCGGUUUCAAAGCAGUUUUUAUGUGAAUUAUUAAUAGAUGUCACUAGCUUAAAUUAAGUCAUUAUAUUCUCUAUGUGUGACCACAUAUGACUGGUUUUCGUGUAACGUUACAUAGGACGAUUGGGUCAAUUAAACAUGUGAGUCAGUAUUACAGGGCUUAUUAUUAAAAAAAAUGUAAAUGCAAUUACUGCAAACCACAGACCACCACAGUACCCACAUGCAUUUGGAAUGAGAACUCAUGUAUAUGAAUGUUUGUCAAAUAUCCCUUGAAAUGUAUCCUUGUAUUGAAGUAGGUACCAUUCUAUAAAAUUCCAUCGAUGUUUUGUUAAAUGUCAGGAAGGUAUAUCCUAAUAUAGAAAAUUGUAUUUUUGUGUUUUUUCCAAAUAAGUGUUAUAACGUUAAUGUGAUUUUAAGAUUUUUAUCAUUUCGAAUUUUAUUAUGUAAAUAUUAAAAUAUAUAUUAAAAUAUAUAAAUAGCUUUGUGUUGAUGUGGUUAUUGACACGGUGUGGCGGCCGUCUGACGAACGUGUGACGUAACACAAAAUGGCUUCUUAGAUUUGAUUCAUUAUAAUCUGUACCUCACACGCACAUGAGCGCGCUCAAAAUGACAGUUCUUUUAUUUAAAAAAAAAAUCCCAAAUGCCAAAAUCUAUCGAGUAUUCUGUUCGGAGCGGCCGCCAUCACCGGUUCGUAUUAAAAUAUGUCUGUGUAUAAUCGAUUUAUUGAUCAAUUAUGAUUUUUUAUAAUGAAAUACAGAAUAUGAACUUUGUGGAGGUUGAAAGCCAAAAAUGUUAUGAUUAUAUUACACAGGUCCGGUAUCCGCUGGUAACUUAUUAAACCGAGCAAUGAGACACGAUUUGUAUAUAUUUAUAUCAGAAUGACCAAAUAAAGUGGAUCGAAGGACGCGUCCGCUUAGACAUUGUGUAUUCCUAAGAUAGAAGGAGCAUUACACGGCGAUAUAAAUCAUACGACAGUUCGCAAUACAAGCAGACAAUCGGUUGCUAUCACGAGAGUUCAGCAGACGAUACAUGUCCGCGUUAUAUGGCCGUGUAAUGCGCCCGGCGACGCGAGCGAGUCGCACUUGUUGUAAUGUCGAAUGCUACAUGUUGAUGUGCCAUUUACUGUUUGUGUAACUUAGAGUAGUUCGAUGUCAUCGAGAGAUUGUUACGGCCGACGCUACACUGCUACUGAGCGAGCGGACCCCGGCGGGCGACCCCCGCUCGGCAGUCGUGUUUAACUUAGACGUCAAUGAAAACUAUUUUUAUAUAAUGUACGGAACUCUCGAGCGCUCGCUGGGAUCCGACCGGGUCCGAUGUUGGCCGUCGGGCCGCUCGAUGACCUACGUAGGGACCACGCUACAAUAGUACAGUUUUAUAUAUAGAUAUAUUACAUUUACAUGUAUAAGUAUAGGAUCUAAAAGAUGCGAAGUUGUCUCCCACAGUCACUAUUGACGUGUUGAAUCUCUUCUCAGCUCUUUGUUGUUGAAUAUUGAAAUGUUGACUAAAAUUAUACACAUUAUAUAGAGAGAGUCUGUUCGUGCUGUUGUGUCGCGAGACGAGUCCCGAGCUGUAUCCGUAGUUCAAUUAAAUACACAUAAUGAAUUUUUGGAAAAUUGUUCUUUACUUAUAUAUACACUGUUCGUCGAGGCUCUGUACGAGUUUGUGACUUUUUGAACUAAAUGUAAAACAUUACGCUAGUGUUUAUAUCGACCCGAGUCUCGUAAGGCGCCACGUUUCAUCGAGUUACACACAGUAUGUCCUCAGUCUUCCGAUUACUCUAUUGUUAUCGCGCCGGCGCCUGUCCGCUCCGUGCGAGCCUCCGCAGCGCCGGCGUGCGACCGCGCCGCGUGUCGUCCGUGUGCCGUAGCAUAGAUCUCUAGUCGGCCUCAAUCAAUGCAACUUGCCGAGCGAUUACGAUGAUCGUCUUUAUGUUAUUUGUUUUGAGUAAUUAAUUAAAUGUUAUAAAAACCA